AUGACGACGAUAGAAGCCCCUGUGUCGGAUUUGAACGAUGGCGACUCGCUUGAAUCCGCAGAUCAACUUCAAUGGCUCACGCACACAGUGUCCUACGAGACAUGGCACCAACGUGGUUCUGGUAUUCUCUGGUACCAACUCAACGCGCGACAAGUCCAACCCGUCCGCAAGAACGCAGGGGCAUCUGUAGCCCACUGCCUGGCAAAGAAAUACGAAUGCUCCGCAGGCCUGAAGUUUGGCGCUGGUGACAAUCUCGCUAGGGCGCUUUAUUUCCAGUGCGACAAGUUGGAGCAGCCGGACGGACAAGGCAAUGAUGAAAAUUGCGCCGAGCCACAAGAUAUUUUGUGGUCGCUAGUCUGUCAACUGCUCAUGAUUGACUGCAAAAGCGCGGAGGCGUUGAAGCGUCGACUUGCUCAGCUUGAAGCACAGCACAAAUCGUCUCUUUGGGAGUGGCUGAACGGCCGUGAUACGAAGAUGGUGCGUCAGUGGCAUCUUUUUGAGGAAUUGCUUCUUUCGUCAAACAUGCCUGAUGCAGUGGCUCUUGACAAUGUCCACAGGAUAAACUCAUCUAAGCGAAAUGCGUUUUUGAAGUCUCUGGUGACGUUGGCAGAAAGUCUGCUUCCUACACGAGGUCGAAAGCUUCGCGUAGUGAUCUCGGGAGAUCCAUCCCAGAUGGAACUGGAUGUGGAAGCCAACAUCCUCACAGUGAAUGACAGAACCGAGAUAGAGGAAUGCAUGCGCUCCCUGUAUUUCCCAGAAUGGAAUGCUCGCCGUGACCAAGUUGCCGACGCUGAUGCUGGCACGAACGCCUGGAUAUGGACUCACGAACAGUAUCUAAUGUGGGAGCAUGCCACAUCAGGACUGUUGUGGGUUGAAGGAAAGCCAGGAAGCGGCAAGUCUGUGCUGGCAAAAACCUUGCAAAAGCGACUUGCAUCAGCGCGCGGACGAACACGAUCAGCGACGGAUGGUUUGCUGGAGCAUCCAGCUGUGAUCAGAUCCAAGGUCCCCGAGGUGGUGACAGACUGGUUUUUCAACACACGAGGCGGAGAAAUCGGCAUAGCCUACUCUUCUUUUCUCCAAUCUGUUGUAUACCAACUUCUGCAACAAAACGAGGCGGCGUUCGAUGUCAUUAACCCAUUCUACCGCAAUCGGCCAUCCUUCAGAGAGGAACGAUGGGAUAUACAAACUACGCAGUCUUUGCUUGAAGCAAUCAGCGCGACUGGUCUAUCCAUAGUCUGCAUUGUCGAUGCAAUGGAUGAGGCUGCUGGAAUUACCAAUGCCUCCAAGGCCUGCCGCAAACCUAGGGCCCGAAGCGUUCUGUAUCUUUUGGGGCGUCUGCUGUCUAUAAUCGGGGACUCUAAGCUGAAGUUCAUAGUACUCAGUCGCCCCGAUCCCGCAAUUGAAAUGGAUUUCAGUGGUAUUCGUAGGCGUUGCUCUGACACUUACAAGGUUGUCCUGGAACACGAAAACGAGCCUGAUAUCCAUCUCGUCAUUGAAAAAGGUCUUCAUUUAUUGCAGGAGACAAUACAUGCCUAUGACUCGGAUGAUGACACCAGCAGAAUCACGACAAAUGGGAGUCGGCACGAGGACCCAAAAGAGUCUUGUAACAGCCUGGCAGCUAAACGGGAAGAGAGUGCCUUCGAAAACAUUCGACUCUAUCUUAGAGAGAACGCAAAAGGAGUGGUUCUCUGGGUAACAUUGAUUCUUGGAGAGCUGCAAGACCAAGCGGCUGGUGGAAUGCUGAAAUUUGCUGCACUGGAGGAAACAAUGAAAAGACUCCCGCUAGAGCUCGACAAGCUCUACGAGUACAUUGUUCGGGGACUGGAAGACCGGCUUGCCGAUGAAGACCUGGAGAUGGCGCGAUUGGCCAUGAUUUUGAUAUCGGGAUCCGCCGCCCUUGAUAGGCCAAUUCAUCUUCAAGAGAUGUGGGAAGCAUUGGCAGUUCCAGCAGAUGUUAAAACUGCUCUUACUUCGAAGGUGGACCCGAUAAUGGAGAAUAGCAUCCACAUUAUAUCCUGGAAGGAGUUUUGGCGCCAACUCCGACGGAAGUGUGGCCCACUUAUAGAGCUAGUUCGCGGUGGAGAACCCGAACCAGGAGAAAAGCUGGACGCUGAAAUCAGCCCCACGCUUGUUGUUCAAUUCAUGCACCGCACCGUGAAGGACUUUCUGAACCACCCAACCCGGGCUGGACCCCUUCACUUCGCCGAAGCAGUUGCUGUUAACGAAGUGAAAGGCAUUUGCGCAAGAUACCUUGAAGUGGCCUUCCCCCAAAGCCAGACCGCAUAUGGUCCCCACAUCCCAGCCCGCGAGGAGGAAUACGUUGACUACCUAGACUCAAGGAGCCUGCUUCAAUUUGCGCUGAACAUAAUGGGCCCUCGCGAGGCCGGUCCCCAACCGGACCUUGGGGUGUAUGCUUCGAUUGACAAGCUGAUCCAUUUACCCUGGCCAAAGAGCGAAUGGUGGAACAUUGAGAUCUCAGAUGCAGAGCGGCUCGUCGGUAAGAGGUACCUCUUCUACCCAGAAUCCUCGUCACAGGGAAAUCGAGGCCAAGUUGAGAUUAUCAAAGCGGCGGUCUUGGGGCAAGCCUUUCGUUACGCUUGCACCCGCGGACGAAUAAUAGCCGUCAGGAACAUGCUAGAACUGUGCCGGAACUAUCAUCCGAAUUACUGCGAACUGCAGGAAUAUGUUAUAGGAAAUGGUGUCCUUCUAGCAUGCAUCGAGAAGGAUCUACUUGAUGAGGUCAAAUUCUUGACCAGGAAGCACAGACACUUGUCGCAAUACAUCCAUGGGACGAACAACAUGCCUGGUUGGCCGAUCGGCCCUCGCGCGCAUCGCACCGAACUGGAUCCAUUUAUUCAGCUGGCAGUGCGCUCGGGCCACGAAGAGAUUGUGGAAUUUCUGUUCACUCAAACGGACCAUUACUAUGCUAGAAAGAAUGCAGUCGUAGACUUCGCCGUCACGGAGGAAGACCUUGAGCGCCAUUUGCACACGGGCUCGGACUCAGACUCAGACUCAGAUUAUGGGAUUUACGGGCCGGACCCAACAACCAGCAAGUCCAAUCUUCAUUUCGAUAUGGAACUUCUCAUUGGAAACGAGUCGGAGGGUGAAGAGCACAAUCCUGACAUCCAACAUGACCUUCGACCAAGCGAGAUCAAUGCGACCAUCCAGCUGAGGCAAGGUAAAAAAAGCUCACUCCGAAAUGAAGACGACUCUAGCGAUUACAUCGAAGUAGUCUCUCAUAGGGUGAAAAAAAAGAAAGAAGUAAAGACGAACAAAAGACUGUACUUGCUUUUAAAGGAGUCAUGUCUCACACUGGCUAGGGAAAAUAGGGCAGCUCAAGCAGAUGACGCACUGCACGAGCCGUGCCUUCGUAAUGUCCGGGGGGCAGUUUCGAUGGUAAUACCCUGGAUGCCAACCGAGGAUGAUAUAGAAUAUGGUGAAGGGAAGAUCGAGCAGAAUGCGUUCAAUGCCUUUUUGCAGCAUUAUGCGAUGACAGAUUUGCCGGACCUGCGAAGCGAGCAUGCCGUGCCCACUCGCUCAACGUCGCCAAAUGGACCGAGACAACCGAGAGUGCAUGAGGAUAGAGUGCGUAUUCCAACGUGGUCGCCAAAUGAAUUGGAGCAACCGAGAGCGCAUGAGGAUAGAGUGCGUAUUCCAAUGUGGUCGCCAAAAUGUUGCACAGUGUUAUGA